CGCCCCCCCGGCCGUCGCCGCCUCCCCCUGCAGAGCCGCGGCCAGGCUGCGUCCUCAGGCCCGGCGGCAGGUCACCGCGGCCAUCCAGCCGCGCCAUCCCCGGCCACCGUGGUCAGCUCGCCGCUUCGGGGCGGCGCCGGCAGUUCUCCUCCCCCCGGCAGCGGCAGUACCCGGCCGUCGUGAUGCCAGCUCUCCUCCCACGAUUAUUCAUACAUGAAUGCUCCUCUCAUGAAGCUCUAAUGACUAGUGUUGAAUCUUUAUGUUGCUAAGCACACCGAGCAUACUAGGAGGAUGAUGAUGACUCAACCAACAAGUCAUCGUCGAGUCUCCUCCGCUCCCGCCACUCUCUCCUUCCUCCUCCUCGUCGCCAGCGCUGCCGUUGCCGCACCACCGCUCCUUGGCGUUGCUCCCCAAGACGAGGCGUACUUCACGCCGGAUAUCAUCGCCUGCAGGGACGGCUUGGGAUCCUUCCCGAAGAGCCGCCUCAAUGAUGGGUACUGCGACUGCUCCGAUGGAACGGAUGAGCCAGGUACUUCGGCUUGUCCAGAGGGCAGGUUUUACUGUGGAAAUGUUGGAGACACCCCCCGUUUCUUGUUCUCGUCUGUUGUGAAUGAUGAAAUAUGUGAUUGCUGUGAUGGUAGUGAUGAGUAUGAAAGUGGCAUCCGUUGUCCGAACACAUGUAAGAACAUAAAUGAUGUUAGAAAGGACGAUGGUGUCGGUGUGAAUAGAAAGGACAUUAUGAAGGACGAGGGUGUUGCUAGGAACAUAAAGGAUGUUACAAAGUAUGAUGAUCGUAGUAGGAAACAUGCACUUGAUAUAGAAGAUCUUAUCCAGAAGCUAAGAGGAUUGAGAAUGGCUGUGGUCAUUGAGCUAGGGCUUGCUAUAUGUAUAUUUGCUGUCUGCUUUGCUCGGCGGCGCUCAAGAACACGGAGGAGACAUUAUAUUUUGAAACGUUAGGUGAUCUGUCUCUCAGGACGUCGGAAGAAUUGAUACUAAUUUCCAAUCCUCUAAGCCUCCAGUAUUCCAAGGAUGCCGGUGAACAGGGAUAGAGGAAGGGAUAUACGGUUGCUCAUCGAGACGUCUGGAGCAUCUGCAUUGUCGGUCCAGGAAGAAUGGUUUAGCGGAAAAAGGCAUCACGUUGUAUGAGUAUAAGUAUGUAUUGUUAUUGCUCAUAUCUUAAGUUUUAACAGCAGGGUUGCUAGUGAGGGCCAGGAGAUUAUCGAAGUCCAUGUAGCGAUGUACAGAAGUUUCGUGAAUGUGGCCUCAGCUGGCGAUACAUUACAACGCUUGCCUGAAACUUUUUAAACUGUGAAGUUCCGGAGCAUGAAGCGAGAGUGUCUGCAAGGCUGCAAAUGCAUAUACUAAACUGUUGUUUGCUGCAAAAAGAGCUUUUAUAGAA